AUGUUUCGGAAAUAUUUAUUUGUUCUUACUGUGGUGCUUCAAAUAUGUUUAAGUUAUAGUGCUGUGGUUAAGACAAAACAUGUUUGUGUGGUCGGUGCUGGUAUAGCAGGGAUCUCUGCAGCCAGAUAUUUGAAGGAAGAAGGGAUUGACUUCACGGUCUAUGAGUCUACUCAAUAUGUCGGUGGUACGUGGAGGUUCGACCCUCGAGUGGGUACAGACGAGAACGGUUUACCUCUACACACCAGUAUGUACAAAAACUUAAGAACAAAUCUACCGAAACCUACAAUGGAACUCAGAGGGUUUCCGUUACCUGAACAUCUUCCAUCAUUCCCCAGUUGGCGAGACUACUACCAGUACUUGCAAGAUUAUUCUAAACACUUCAAUAUACUCGAUCAUAUUAAGUUCCUACACAAUGUACUCCUAAUUAGAAGAGUCGGAGACGUGUGGCGAGUCAAACAUCAACACGUUCAAACAAACGAAACGUUUGAAGAUGAAUACGAUUAUAUUAUCAUAGGAAAUGGACAUUUCAGCAAACCAAAUAUGCCUAAUAUACCUGGAGAAGACCGUUUUAAAGGCAAAAUAAUUCACAGCCACGACUAUAAAGAGCCAGAACCGUUUAGAAACCGCCGCGUCCUAAUUGUUGGCGCUGGACCCUCUGGCAUGGACAUUGGCCUCGAUGUGGCCGAAGUUUCGAAGACCUUAGUCCAUAGUCACCACUCCAAGAUCAACUUUAGCACGCCAUUCCCCCCACACUACCAUAAAAAACCUGAUAUCCAGGAGUUUAAUGAAACUGGUGUCAUAUUCAAAGAUGGUAGCUAUGAAGAAAUUGAUGAUGUCAUUUAUUGUACAGGUUUCCAAUACGACAUACCAUUCCUAGACGAGUCGAGUGGCCUGACUUUAAGCCCUAAAAGCAUAGUGCCUCUGUAUCGGUACAUGGUGAAUAUCAACCAGCCUUCUAUGAUCCUCAUGGGACUAAUCGUCAGGGCGUGUUUGGUCGUCGCUUUGGACGCUCAGGCACGUUACGCGACCGCCCUGGUGAAAGGAAAUUUCACCCUCCCACCACAUGAAGAGAUGAUGCAGGAGUGGCAGAAGAGAAUGAACGCUAUCCGGUCUAAGGGACUCCCGUCUUCAUACAUACACAUUCUUGCUGAGAAAGAGGAUCAAUACUACGCUGAGCUUUCAGAAGAAUCCGGCAUCCACCGUGUACCGCCAGUAAUGUUCAAGAUUCGAACCCAGGACAUGCAAGCAAAGUUGGAUAAUUUGUAUACAUACAGAAACUACGUGUACACUGUGAUUGAUGACGAAAACUUUGUGAGACAUGAAGAGGACCCGGCAGUUAGAAGAGGGCUAACUCUAUAG